AUGUCUUCAAAAUCGUACUUGCGUAUUUUGGUCCCAGUUAAGAGAGCCAUUGAUUAUCAGAUCAGACCAAGGUUAGUAGAUGGUACUAUCAACACAAAAGGUAUCAAAUUCAGUAUCAACCCUUUCGAUGAUAUAGCCGUUGAGGAAGCCUUAAGAAUUAAGGAGUCCCAUAAUGACAAAGUCGAAAAUGUGCAUUGUGUAAGCAUUGGCCAAAACAAAGCUCAGGAUAUCAUUAGAAAUUGUUUAGCUAAAGGUGUCGAUAGCUCAACAUUAAUUGAUUCUGGAGAUGCUUCACUAGAACCUCUCGCGAUUGCAAAGUUAUUAAAAAAAAUGGUCGAAAAAAGUAACUCAAAUUUAAUUAUCCUAGGUAAGCAAGCAAUUGACGAUGAUAGCAGCAAUACAGGCCAAAUAUUAGCAGGUCUUUUGAAUUGGCCACAAGCUACUAAUGCAGCAAAAGUUGAACUACUAGAAGGUGAUAAGAUCAAAGUUACUAGAGAAAUCGACGGUGGUGAAGAAUAUUUAGUUUCUUCUUUACCAAUGGUUAUCACUACAGAUUUGAGAUUAAACACUCCAAGAUAUGUAAGUCUUUCAAAAUUAAUGAAGGCAAAAAAACUACCAAUAGAGAAACUUGGCUUAGAUCACGAAUUAUUUAAAGAUGUUGAUACUGGAUCUCAAUUGAAAGUCAUAAAAUUGGAGGAACCCAAACCAAGAGAUGCAGGUAUUCAAGUUGAUUCAGUAGCUGAAUUGAUAACAAAAAUAAGGGCUGAUAAGCUGAUUUAA